AUGCUUGAUGGACCAUUUGCUAAGCGAAUCAGGAAGGAUGAAGAAGAAAAUGAAAGUAACAAGAAGCAGCUAAUUGUUAUCCUUGAGAAGUGCUCACUGGAGAGCGCCAAGGUUGGUAAAGAUUAUGUGAUUUUAACCAGUGACAAACAUGCUAAUUUUAUUCGAAGUCAGAAAAAAGACCCCAAUAAUUUUCGACCCGAUAUUCUCCAUCAAUGUCUCCUGAUGCUUCUUGAUAGUCCUUUGAACCGAGCAGGUCUUCUGAGAGUUUAUGUGCAUACUGCUAAUAAUGUUUUAAUUGAAAUUAACCCCCAAACUCGUCUUCCAAGAACUUUCGAUCGAUUCUGUGGUUUGAUGGUACAGCUAUUACACAAACUGUCUAUUCGUGCAGCUAAUGAUUCACUGCAACUUCUAAAAGUAAUCAAAAAUCCAGUGAGCUCUUAUUUGCCAGUUGACUGCCGCAAAAUAGUAUUCACCUACAACACAACGAACUACUCAACUUGUAAGCAGAUUGCCGAAAGUGUUGGUGAUAAGCCUGUUGUAAUCAUUAUUGGGAGCAUUGCAAGCGGGAAGGUUGUUGUGGAUUAUGCUAACGAGGAAGCAAAAAUAAGUAAUUUUCCUUUGAGUGCUGCCUUGGCAUGUUGUAGAUUAACAUCGAGUUUUGAAGAUGCAUGGAACGUGGAAACUUUCGUUCAGUAA